AUACGCGGAGCAGCCAUAGAGCUAUUAUAUCUCUAUGGGAGUAGCUCGUCUAUGAAGCCUGUCGACUAUCUGGCAACUCUGAAAAUAUUACCACAGCAUGCAUAGGCCUAGUAAUAUUACACCGUCAAAUAUGAAAAGUGUUGCCAUCGUACUAAUUAUUUUUAUAAUCCAAGGUUUUGCAAACCAAGUGAAUGAGGUGCGGCCUCCUUACACAAACCAUGCUGCAAGGGCUAGAUAUAUGGUUCAUAUGGCUGACUGGGCAAUGCUAGGUACAAUAUCAACACAGUCUGCUUAUCAGGGCCGACCAUUUUUAAACCCUAUAUCAAUUUGCGAUGGCACACUAGACAACAGUACUGGAGUACCGUACAUGUAUGCCUCUCCACUUGAUGUAAGCAUGCAAGAUGUGACAGAAAACAACCAAAUAACGCUUUCACUAAGUGAAGCAGAAUUAAACAUUGAUGACUGCCACUUAACGAAACACAGCGACCCUGAAAACCCGCUGUGUUCCCGACUUGUUAUGUUUGGAACCAUGGAACAGGUGUCUGAUGCCACAGAGCUAGAAUUUGUUAAAAAAGCGAUGUUCUCACGCCAUCCUAUUAUGGCCUCAUGGCCGGAGGACCAUAAAUUCACAUUCAUGAAAAUGCAGCUAACGGAUUUGUGGAUGAUUGACUUUUUCGGAGGUGGUGUUACCAUUGACAUCAAAGAUUAUUUUAAAGCUAAACCUUAAAAGGAAUGUACAGAAAAGCUUCUGCCAUUAUAUAAUUGGUUAAAUUCUAAUUGUUACAGUCAGGCUCCAGGUGAAAAAUAUUUUGGUUAUGUUGUACAACUUAUUUUUCUAAGACACAAAAAGGGUGUUUAACGAAAAAUGCUGGAACAUUUAUUAAGAUACAGAUUUUUUAAUAUUUAAAAAACUGAGUGGAAAAAGGUGGAAAAACAGUUGUUGCUCCCUUUUUUCCCAGUUUUUCAACAUUCAAAAAUAUGUAUCUCAUUAACUGUUCCCAUGUUUUUCAUCAAACAUCCUUUUUGUGUCUUUCGAAAAAUCAGUUUUACAACAUAUCCAAAUUUUGUUUUCCCCCAGAGCCUGGCUUUGAAAACUUUGUUUCUGUUUAUGCUGUGUAUCAACAUAUUUGUUUUUCAUUUUGCAGCUUCAAAAUUUUUGUAAUUAUAAAAAUGAUUUUGCUUUGCAUACCAUGAAAGUUUUAAUUUGACAAAUAUAUGUAUUUUCCCCAUAUAUGGGUGUGAUGAUGUCAUAGCGUACCCAUAUUGGCAUGCCACAGGUGUUUGUCAUAUAAAACCUUAUACUGAGAGUAAUAAUUUAUUCAUAUUUAUUUCUUCAUUUAUUCAUUUUUACAGAAAUAAUACAAACUUUUAAUUUUACAAAAUUUAAAAUUUAUGUACAUCCCCAUGUCAUCAAUUAUGUAAACUCAUUUGCAGUAUACAGUUGAACUUAGCGAAGUUGAAUUCAAAAUGGCAUUGAAAAAUUGUUUGUCUUCGAUAAAA